AUGCAGGCGGCUACGGGGGACCCGGAGGCGGACCCAGAGCCCCAACCAGCGGCGGAGCCCCCCUCCAUGCUCUGGGGACUGGACCCGGUCUUCUCCGCCUUCGCGCGGCUGUACGUUAAGGACAUCCUGGAGAUGACGGAGUCCACGCAGGUGCCCGGUGUUUACUUCUACAACCAGCACCCCAUCUACAAAGUGGAUGUUCUUGGAAUUGUGGUUUCCAGGCGAGAGAGAGAGAAAUUCUUCUGUUAUGGAGUGGAUGAUAGCACUGGUGUAAUUAGCUGUGUGUGCUGGAAGAGUGAGCUACUAAGAGAGGAGGAGGACCCCACAACAGUUGAGUGCAGCCAUAAUCGCUCCUCAGCCGCCUUCAGCUCUAAAAAUAACAUCCGGAAGAGGCCGAUCCCCGCCUCCGCGGCAGGCCGAAUGGGUCCGGACAGGGCGGCUGACCCGGUGAUGGCCCUGCAGAUCGACUGGAUGCUGGAGCUCCCUCAGCUCUACAGGCAGUGCUACGACCAGCCCACCCCCCCCAGAGGAGACGGGCGCCCGGCCCACAGCCCCCUGAACAGAGCCACGGCCCUCAUAAAGGACUUCAUCAGCCAGAAGUCUGUGGUUAAGUUCAGACCGCUGGACGUCCUGGAGCUGCUGCAGCCGCUGGUGUCCAGCCAGCCGCCGCCAUCAGAUAACCAGGUAACCAGACCAGACAGGGCGGCUGACCCGGUGAUGGCCCUGCAGAUCGACUGGAUGCUGGAGCUCCCUCAGCUCUACAGGCAGCACACGGCGGACAGCCCCCUGAACAGAGCCACGGCCCUCAUCAAGGACUUCAUCAGCCAGAAGUCUGUGGCCAAGUUCAGACCGCUGGACGUCCUGGAGCUGCUGCAGCCGCUGGUGUCCAGCCAGCCGCCGCCCGCAGAUAACCAGCGCUUCAGUCUGAACGUGAGCCGCGGCGCUCUGGAGCUGGUGCUGUCGGCCCUGGAGCUCAGCAGCGACAUCAUCAGCACCGGAGGCAGCCAUUACACCGCCGUAUGA